AUGAAUUGCCCAGAUGGAGAAGAGUUAAAGAGAACUGAUGAUAAUAUGUCUAGUUUGUCUCCGUGGAAAUAUUGUAUGCAGUACGAUUCGUUAAGGUAUCCCCAGUGGAUAAAUGUCGCUCAGUGCUUAUGUAGCGGAUGCUUACAUCCAUUCACUGGAGCUGAAAUUCAUGGCAACGUUCUAUCCAAGGAAAUUCACGUUGAGAUAAAUGUUCUUCGGAAAUUCUCGUUAAAGCAUCCAUUCAGCAAGUGUAAUCGAAAAAUCUGCGAAGAAACGACUCAAAAAAUACCAAUCGGAUGUCAUUGCCAAAUUGCCAAUGUUCAGAAUGUAUAA